CUGCGGCCUCGGCGGACGCUGGGGGAUGCGUUUCCUCCCUCGGCGCGGGCGCCGUCCCGGCGCGGGGCAGCGAUGUGCCCUCCGCGGCAGCGAGGCGCCUGGUUCCCCCGUGGCAGGGCCUGGGCCGGCUCCUCCAGUCGGCCCCCCUCCAGCAUUUUCCUUUCUUGAGGGAAUUGGCUGUAAACGUCUGGAAUUUGAUUCCUUGACGGGAGCGAGAGGCAUCGGGUGGGAAAGGCUCGAGGAGGAGGACAGCUGACAACCGCACUCAGUGAGAUCGGAGCGGAUGCUCAGGGGCUGGUCGCGGUGCCACCCUCACUGGUGGUGUGAACCGGGACGAGCGGCCCCCACUCUGUCCUCAGUUUCCUGAUCUGUAAAAUGGGGGCGCCAGCAAUGCCAGCUGGCGCUGCGGGACUGACGAUGUCGGGCAGGGGGCUCAGGGAGUCGCUGCCGCUGCUAAGAGUCCUGUUCUCUGGACUCUGAGCCAGCAAGAGCUGGGGCCUGGACCAGCAUGGCCCAGCCCUUCUCUCUGGUUCUCUGGACUCCUAGGUCCUUCUGUCUUCCCUCUCUGAGGGCGCAUGGGGUCAUUCUCGGGUGGUGUAAGCAUUUCAGAGCUGCUGGCUCUCAGGGGUGGAAAGCACAAGGGGCUUCCUCCUGGCUCCCCUUUUCUUCUCGCAGAUCUGCCUUGUGGAGACUGCGCCCAUCCUCAGGGGAGGAGCCCAGAGGAGGACAUGGCUAGUGAGCAAAGGGAAGCAAGGUCUCAGGUGUCACUGAUGUUCGAGGAUGUGGCUGUGCUCUUCAGUCGGGAUGAGUGGAGAAAGCUGGAUCCUUCUCAGAGAAACUUGUACCGAGAUGUGAUGCUGGAGAACUAUAGUAACCUGGUCUCACUGGGACUCCCAUUUACCAAACCAAAAGUGAUCUCACUGUUGCAGCAAGGAGAAGAUCCCUGGAAGGUAGACAGAGAAAGUCCUGGCAGACCCUCUCUAGGAUUUAAGAGCAGUCCUAAAACCACAAAAUCAACUCAAACUCAAGACUCACUUCAGGGGUUGAUAAGGAAAAGACUAAAAAGCAAUGAACCCUGGGACUUCAUAUUAGAAAAACCCUGCAUAAAUGAAGACAGAUUAAAGAAACAGGACAAAACCGCAAGUUUACAAAUAAUUUCAAUCACCCAUACAAAAAUCCUCACCGUAGGUGGAAGCCAUAAAAAUAAAGAAUUUGGCCAAAACUUCAACCUGAAAUCAGUCUUCAUUAAGCAACGGAGGUUUGCUAUAGAAAAAACACCUACAAAAUAUGAAAUACAAAGAAAUAGCUUCAAGCAGAAUUCAAAUUUAUAUAACCAACCAAAGAUCAAGACAGCAGAGAAACACUAUAAAUGUAAUACAUGUGAAAAAGCCUUCAUUCACAAUUCAUCUCUUCGUAAACAUCAGAAAAACCACACUGGAGAGAAACUAUUUAAAUGUAAAGAAUGUUUAAAAGCCUUCAGCCAAAGUUCUGCUCUUAUUCAGCAUCAAAGAACUCAUACUGGAGAGAAACCCUAUGUAUGUAAAGAAUGUGGGAAAGCCUUCAGCCAUAGUGCAUCCCUUUGUAAGCACCUAAGGACCCAUACUGUGGAGAAAUCCUAUAGAUGUAAAGAAUGUGGUAAAUCCUUCAGCAAAAGGUCUGGCCUGUUUAUCCAUCAGAAAGUCCAUGCUCAAGACAAUCCUCAUAAAUAUCAUCCCGGUAGGAAACCUUCCAGUUGUAGUACUUCCCUUCCUGGAUGUCAAAGAAUUCAUUCCAGAAAGAAGUCCUACUUGUGUAAUGAAUGUGGCAAUGCCUUCAAAUCUAGCUCAUCCCUUCGUUACCAUCAGCGAAUUCACACUGGAGAGAAACCUUUUAAAUGUAGUGAAUGUGGGAGAGCCUUCAGUCAGAGUGCAUCUCUUAUUCAACACGAAAGAAUUCACACUGGAGAAAAGCCCUACAGAUGUAAUCAGUGUGGAAAAGGCUUUACUUCUAUUUCACGACUUAAUAGACACCAAAUAAUUCAUACUGGAGAGAAAUUGUAUAAUUGCAAUGAAUGUGGUAAAGCCUUAAGUUCCCACUCAACACUUAUUAUUCAUGAGAGAAUUCAUACUGGAGAGAAACCAUGUAAAUGUAAAGUGUGUGGGAAAGCCUUCAGACAGAGUUCAGCUCUCAUUCAACAUCAGAGAAUGCAUACUGGAGAAAAACCCUAUAAAUGUAAUGAGUGUGGGAAAACAUUCAGGUGUAAUUCAUCCCUUAGUAAUCAUCAAAGAAUUCAUACUGGAGAGAAACCAUAUCGAUGUCUGGAAUGUGGAAUAUCUUUCGGCCAAAGUGCAGCUCUUAUACAGCAUCAGAGGAUUCAUACAGGAGAAAAACCUUUUAAAUGUAACACAUGUGGGAAAACUUUUAGACAAAGCUCAUCACUUAUUGCCCAUCAAAGAAUUCAUACUGGAGAGAAACCCUAUGAAUGUAAUACAUGUGGGAAACUCUUUAGCCAGAGGUCAUCCCUUACGAAUCAUUAUAAAAUCCAUAUUGAAGAGGACUCCUUGAAAACAGAUUUGCAUGUGUAAAAGCCUUAAACCAAAGCUUUUCAGAGGAUAGAUACUUGAGAUUGAUACACUAUAAUGAAUAUAAGAAAAUCCUAUUUUUAGCUUAGUCCUUGUCAGAUAUUAAAUUUUAAGACUAAACCUUGACUAUAUAAUAAAUGUGGGGGAAACUUUCAUAAUUGUCAGUCACUUUUUUAAAUAUCCUGAGAUAAACAAUUCACAAUUGCAGGCAUCGAUAUUGGUCAUUUGUAACAUAAAAAGUGGUUUUUUUUCCUUCUAUUUAUACAGCAGUAUAUACUAUAUGUGACAUGUAAACAUGAGAAAAAUCUGGGUGCAGAGGUGCUAGAUUUCUCAUUAGAAAAACAACUGUAUAAGCUGCUAGUAUAUUUAUUACAUCUAAUAUUUUCUAAGAAAACAAAAGAAUUGAUCUUAAGAACAGAUGCAUUUUUAGAGCAAAGUACCAAAUAAAAGAAAAACAAACCACAAA